UGUCACCACUCCCCCUUCUUAUUGCUUAGGUGACGGUGUCCCUCCCCUGUCCUUGACAACAAAGAUGGCGACAGCAACCAAAUUCAUCCAGAGGUUGAGGAACUGGGCAGCAGGGCGUGACCUUCAAGCCAAACUGCAGCUACGUUAUACUGAAAUUUCAAAAAGAACUCAACCACCCCCAAAGUUGCCUGUUGGCCCCAGCCAUAAAUUGUCUGACAACUAUUACUGCAUAAGAGAUGGGAGGAGAGGGAAUGCGCCACCUACUAUCAUAAUGUCCCCUUACAAGGCUCUAACCUCUGGGAGCCCAUCUGCCAGUGGUGACACAGAAGUGGCAACCAUUACAAAGAAGCCCGUGACUCCUGGAAUGCCUCCACCCAAAAUGGAAUUAUCUAGAGAUGAACCAUAUUUAUAAAUUAUAAUAAUAAGUGUUAAACUAGUAUUUUCAAGCCAAGAGAACCUACAGAUGUAUGACUAUUUAGUUCCCUAAAAUGUUCUGAAUAAAACAUUAAAUUCAUUUAAAUAUAUAACACAA